GAAAUAUAUUUUUUAAGCAGUAACCCUAAUCCCAAUUGUCAAAUAAAAGUACCAAGCAGCUGUGCCCAUACGUGUUUUUAUUUAUUAAUAUCUCGAUAAUGUGCGAAUAACACACGAAAAUUAAAUGUGAAACGUGAAAUCAACAUGUCGAGCCGUCGUUCGAUACUCGGAUCGGCGCUUGACGCUUUACCCCCGCCCACGGAUCCUCUACGCGAAUUAUUUGAGGCAUGUAAAACUGGCGAUGCCGUGAGGGUAAAAAAGUUAAUUACUCCCCAAACGGUGAAUGCCAGGGACACUGCUGGACGCAAAUCGACUCCUCUACACUUCGCUGCAGGAUACGGUCGCAGGGAAGUAGUGGAGAUCCUCAUAGCAGCCGGGGCGGCGCUCCAAGCCCGCGACGACGGAGGCCUACAGCCACUACACAAUGCGUGCUCCUUCGGGCACGCAGACGUAGUGAGAGCGCUACUGAGCGCGGGGGCGGCGCCCGCGGCGAGAGACAACUGGGGCUACACGCCGCUGCAUGAGGCUGCUGCUAAGGGGAAGGUCGAUGUGUGUAUAGCGUUGCUGCAACACGGCGCGGACCCGAACAUUCGCAACACGGAAGGCAAGACGCCGCUCGAUCUAGCCGACUCCGCUACCAGGCCUGUGUUGACAGGUGAAUACUGCGCAGCGGAUGUCCUAGAAGCGGCUAGAUCUGGCGCAGAUGAUCGCCUAGCUUCCCUCCUCACUCCUCUCAACGUUAACGUGCACGCGAGUGACGGUAGACGGUCUACUCCCCUGCACUUGGCCGCCGGAUAUAAUAGGGCGAGAGCUGUGAGGUUGCUGCUGCAGAGAGGCGCCGAUGUACAUGCUAAGGAUAAGGGAGGUCUAGUUCCCCUACACAACGCGUGUUCGUACGGCCACUACGAGGUGACAGAACUGCUCGUACGUGCGGGUGCAGACGUUAACGCGACCGAUCUGUGGGCUUUCACGCCGCUGCAUGAGGCGGCUAGUAAGGCGCGGUUAGAGGUAUGCUCCCUACUGUUAAGCGAGGGCGCAGACCCCACACUACUGAACUGUCACGGCAAGUGUGCGCUCGACGUAGCGCCCACACGCGAACUGCAGGAGAGGCUCGCUUUCGAAUACCGAGGACAUUGUCUACUAGAAGCCUGCAGACUAGCGGAGCCGGCAAGGGUCAAGAAACAACUCUCAGCUGUCUCAGGACAUCAGCAUCAGACUUCCCAAGCCUCAACCAGCGGCAGCACCCCUUCCCUUCCCGGAGAGUGCAGCGUGGAAGCCCUCGUCAACUUCCAGCACAUAGCCACAGGGGACAGACCCCUGCACUGUGCCGCCAACAGCGUCUACCCUAAGCGGAAGCAGGUAAUGGAGAUGUUAAUAAGAAAAGGCGCUCGCGUCAACGAGAAGAACAAAGACGGACAGACUCCUUUACACGUGGCUACUGAGCAUGCGCACUUGGAUGCUAUGGAUCUACUGUUGAGACAUGGUAAGCGCAAAGUGAACGCCUGCGACGGCCGCGGCAGCAGCGCUCUAGCCGUGGCCGCUCGCCGCGACUCCGCCGCCGCCUGCCGCCUGCUGCUCGCUUGCGGCGCCGACACCACGCCCGACGCGCUGUACCCGCAGCCAGACGAUGCAUGCGCAAACGCGGCAGCUCUUAGGCUGCUAGAAGCCGCUCGUACGGGCGACGUGGAGAACGCGCGGAGUAUACUAGACGCGCGGCCAAGACUCGUCAAUUGUCGAGACGUUGACGGACGACAUUCGACGCCGCUGCAUUUUGCCGCUGGGUACAAUCGCUUGCCACUCGCUCAAUUACUUUUACAAAGAGGCGCCGAUGUCCAUGCCAAGGACAAAGGAGGCCUAGUCCCCCUGCACAACGCGUGUUCCUACGGCCACUACGAGCUGACAGAGCUGCUAGUAUCAGCCGGGGCCGGUGUCAAUGCGGCUGAUCUCUGGCGCUUUACACCUUUACACGAAGCGGCCGCUAAAGGCAAGGCUGAUAUCGUACGGUUAUUGUUAAAGCACGGAGCAGACCCUACCCGACGUAACCGAGAUGGUCUGACUCCCCUACAACUAGUGAGAGCGGGAGACAGCGACACAGCCGACGCGCUGAGAGGUGAUGCUGCGCUACUUGAUGCUGCCAAACGAGGGGAUCUCGCUAGAGCCAGGAAACUAAUAACUCCACAAAACGUGAACUGCAGAGAUUCUCACGGACGAAACUCUACACCUUUACAUCUCGCUGCCGGCUACAACAACCUAGAAGUAGCCGAGGCACUCCUAGAAGCCGGCGCCGCAGUCUCGGCCCGCGAUAAAGGCGGUCUCGUACCUCUACACAACGCGGCUUCGUACGGGCAUGUAGAACUAGCGGCGUUAUUACUGAGAGCGGGUACUCCGCCGAAUGCUGCUGAUCGCUGGGGCUUCACGCCGCUGCAUGAGGCGGCGCAUAAGGCGAGGACGCAGCUCUGUGCCUUGCUUCUCGCACACGGCGCAGACCCCUACCUCAAAAACCAAGAGGGUCAAACAGCCUUAGAUCUCGCGGGGGCGGAAGAUGUUCGCUCCCUCCUACAGGACGCGAUGACGUCAGCGGCGGGGGAGGUGGCCGCCCCCACGCCCCUCCCGCCGCCCCUGCCGCCGCCCCACCAUCCCGUGCUCAUGCCGAGUGGGGAUACAGUGCCUCUAGCGCUGCCGGUGGUACCCUCAAACUACUGGGCGGAAGGUUCUCGCGGCAGCUUAGAAGACGCGGCGGGUAGACCGGCGUCGCUCUCCACGUCGGAGUCACUACAAACGUUCCUAUCCAGCAUCGGCCUCGAACAGCUAACGACAGUACUAGAACGCGAACAGAUCACCGUCGACAUACUGUCGGAGAUGUCGCACGAGGACCUCCGCGCUGUCGGCGUCGCCGCCUACGGACACCGACACCGACUGCUCAAAGCCGCCCGGCACAGCCUGCAGGCGGCCUCAGAAUGGUACGGCGGUACCACCCUCGUAGAAGUAGCUCCCCCCACAGAGGGAGAAUGCGCCGAUAGCGAGUACACAAUCGUCGAGAGGGAAAUGCAGGCCUCCGUGCGAGCACACAGGGACCAUGCGGGCGGUACCUUUACGCACUAUAAUGUUGUUAGGAUACAAAAGCUAGUGAACGGUCGCCUCUGGGAGCGGUACCAGCACCGGCGCCGCGAGGUGACGGAGGAGGCGGGCGCGCACAACGAGAGGAUGCUGUUCCACGGCAGCCCGUUCAUCAACGCCAUCGUGCAGAAGGGCUUCGACGAGCGACACGCUUAUAUCGGCGGCAUGUUCGGCGCCGGCAUCUACUUCGCGGAGCACUCGUCCAAGAGCAACCAGUACGUGUACGGCUUCGGCGGCGGCUCCGGCUGUCCCGCGCACAAGGACAGGAGCUGCUAUCUGUGCCACAGACAAAUGCUGCUAUGCCGCGUGACCCUCGGCCGCGCCUUCCAACUGCUGAGCGCGAUGAAGAUGGCGCACGCUCCCCCGGGACACCACUCGGUGGCGGGCCGGCCUUCCCAGGGGGGGCUGUGCUUCCCCGAGUACGUCGUCUAUAGGGGGGAACAGGCUUACCCAGAAUACCUGAUCACCUAUCAGAUUGUGAGCGGGGAACCGAACUCAGGUACCGUGUGAAAGUGACCGACAGUGCUCAGUGCGUUGUGUGGACUCUGCGGCAUAUCGACUGAUGCUAGCCGAUAAUCGUCAUUACCGUUACGAUAAACGUCAUUACCGUUACGAUAACCGUCAUUACCGUUACGAUAAACGUCAUUACCGUUACGAUAACGUCAUUACCGUUACGAUAAUCGUCAUUACCGUUACGAUAAAGGUCAUUACCGUUACGAUUACAAGCGUAAUUAUCGUUAAAAUUACAUACGGUAAUAAAUAUGGAUAUGACAAUGAAAAUGAACUUUAUUAUCGUUAUGAUUGCUAUGGUAGUAAACGUUAUUACCGUUACGAUUACAUACGGUAAUUAACGUAAUUAUCGGUACGAUUACAAUCGGUAAUAAAUGUUAUUAUUAUCACGGUUAUCGUUUACGAUUACAUACUGUUAUAAACGUAGUUAUCCUUACAAUUACAUGUUUGUAAUUACCGAAAUUAUCCUUACUUUUGUCGUUCGUAAUAGUAUGUAAUCAUAACGAUAAUUUUAGGCUUUAGUAACGAUGGUAUUGUUUACAAUUACCGUGAUAAUAAUGAGGUUAUUUUCAAUGCUGAAUGAAGAUUUUUGCCAAUAAAUACUGCCGUAUCCUUUAUGAUAGUUUUCAGCUCUUAAUAAUGAUAAUUAUAACAGGUUAUCCUGAUACUAUAGUUAUAGUAUAAUCAUCGGCAAGUAUAUUGAGCCCUGACCUUCACCUGCGCAGAAGUGAUUUAUUGGUUUAUUGCCUUAAGUGUACAGUGCGCAAAGCGAUCCCCACUCUUCCGCCGAGAGCUCAAUAUCCGUGCCGGUAACUAUAACGAUCUAUCAUGAAGUUGCUACAGUGGUUUAUUACAAAAGUGUCAUUUCGUAACGGUAAUGUAAUGGUCAUGAUGUAACAUUUAAGAUAGAAAUGACAUGUGAAUUUUUGUAUUAUUGUUUUUUUUAAUUAUUUCGUUUAUUUCCAAACUUAUGAAUUGACUGUCAUCGCGUUUGUAUUAAAAGCUUUAAAAGAGGCUGCUUAUUUUUUUAAUUUUAAAUUGGUUUCAGUCGUUUUUGAGAUGAUUGCUAUUUGAAUUUAACAGACUGACAGUGGUAGACUUAGUUUUAUGAUAAAACUAGCUGUUACUCGCGGUUUUACCCUCGUCUCAUGAGAACUGCUAUGCGCACCUGGAUAAAAAUAUUGCUGGGUUGUUACAUGUACCCGCUACUCUCAGGAACAACUAAGAAGAUUUGAGAAAAAAAUCAGUAUUAGAUAGACCAUUUAUCGAGGAAGGCUGCUAUAUAUACUUUUUAUCCAGGUGCGCGGAGUACUUCCCACGGAAUGGCGGAAGCUAGUAUUAUGUAUAGAGAUUCACAUGUCAUUUUAUUUCAAAAUACAAUUACAAAACUUGACAUUGUGUCGAAAAUAUUUUUGCUGAAAUAAAGUGAGUGGAUAUAUAAAUAAAUACAUACAUAAAUAUAAUAUUCUUCUUUGUAUAUAAACGGAAAAUUUUCAAUAGUAGUUUUUUAGAAUUUUAACCGCUUUUUUUUAAGAAAAAAUUGGGUGACACGGCUGUAACCCGACUGCCAAGAAGAGUUAAAUUAUUACAACUUUUAACGGAGGCUUUUGUAGUCAGAAGCUAGUAAGUCUGACAUGCAUGUAUGCAACCCGGAACAAUAAAAAGUCUGAUGAUGAUGAACACAAAAAAAAACUAGGUACUAGGCCUAUAUUUUCUGUCAGAAAACUGAGCUCAACUGAGCUGAAAAGAUUUUUAAAAUCAUGAUAGACCGUGGUAUAACCUUGUCACCUAAUAUUUUCAACCUGAAAACGGUUUAAUCAGUAGUAUGAUUAAAGUAUUGUAAUUUUUGAAAAACAAAAAUUCAUAGCUUUGGAAUUGACAUCAACGAUCAAAAAUAGCUUUGAGAAAGUUAAACACUUCUGAUUUUCGAAAAGUUUCAAAACUAAUUUUAUUUAUCUUUGGAAAGGCCCGUUAAAUUGGUGGGUCCCGGCUGUCAUUUGAACAUCUUUGGCAGUCGUUACGGGUAGUUAGAAGCCAGAAAGUCUGAAAGCCAGUCUUACCAAGGGGUAACGACCUUAUGUCUUCCAAUAUCAGCAUUUAAGAAUGGGAAAACUUAUAAUAACUUGUGAUAUGUGUGUGCAAUGUCAAUUUCUCAGCUAUAUAAAAACUGACUUUGGAUAAUAAUGUUUUAAUAAUAUUACCGCCUCUGACUGUUAGUAAUUUGUAUAUUCAAGAAAUAUUCUAACUAGGUAGACUGGAAUUUUCAAAAAUCUGACAACCAGUCUUACCAAGGGGUAUUGGGUUGCCCGGGUAACUGGGUUGAGGAGGUCAGAUAGGCAGUCGCUCCUUGUAAAACACUGGUUACAACUGAAUUUUGGACUGAAUUCCAGUCUACCUAAGGCUGAGAAAUGUAGAUUUACUUACAUAAAAAGUUAUGUGCAUCUAGCAAGAAUGUACUAAUAUAUAACAUAUUUUUUUAAAUUAUUCGUUUUAUUGAUCAUAUUUAUUUUAAUUUAUAAUGUAUAUCAAUAUUUUAUGACACAUUAUGAUUCGCAUAUAACUAACCUAUCUGGACUGUUUAUUUUACAUAGCUUUUCCCGCGGUUUCACCCGCAUCCCGUGGAACUACUGGAACUACUGCCCGUACCGGGAUAAAAUAUAGCCUAUGUUACUCAGGAAGAGUGUAGCUUCCUAACAGUGAAAGAAUUUAUCAAAUCGAUUCAGUAGUUUUGGAACCUUUAUGGACAAUUUAUAAAUAUAAUUUUAUAUUAGUACAUUGUUGUUCAACAUUACGACUGUAUUACUGCGUUUAAAUAAAUACUGUUCGAGUAAGAGCCUAAUUCAUAGUUUCUUUGAAAGUAUUUGUGAAGAAUAAAACGUCGCGUGAGUAUUUUGUAUAUCUAGUUAUAAAAUUGAGGAAUAAAAUUCUGAAUAUUGA